AUGGCGGCGGCGGCUCCUUCGUCGGGUUACGCGGCUUGGGUGGCUCGGCUAGCCGAGCUGAAGAAGUUGCGGGGCAAGCAGCCCCGGGUGAGGCCUUACCGGCCCCUGGUGCUGGCCAACCAGGUCUCCAACCGGCGCCUGGGCCUCGGAGGUGGGUUUCCUCCACAGUCCCAGCUAGGGUUGUCCCCUCUCCUGUCUCCUAUUCCAAUGUAAAAUCCUACGUCCUGUAUUGAUACUACAGUUUUGUCCUGUAUUUCAGGUCUCUCUCUUUCUGCUAAGUUAGGGACCCUCUCCGAAUAGGUAAAAAAAGGUAAAGGACCCCUGGACGCUGUUAAAAACACGUGUUUGAAAGGGUGUGUGAAAGGUCAUGUAUUUCAUUGAAUAUUUACCAGAUAAAUUGUAAAGAUGAUUAUUGUAAUAACCUGCAGUUGUAUAAGAGUAUGCAGUAUACCUCAGGUUAAGUACUGAAUUCGUUCCGGAGGUCCAUACUUAACCUGAAACUGUUCUUAACCUGAAGCACCACUUUAGCUAAUGGGGCCUCCUGCUGCUGCUGCGCCGCUGGAGCACAAUUUCUGUUCUCAUCCUGAAGCAAAGUGCUUAACCUGAAGCACUAUUUCUGGAUUAGGAGAGUCUGUAACCUGAAGCGUAUGUAACCCGAAAUACCACUGUAUAUUUAAAGUAGAUGAAUAAAUGAGCAAAUUACCGUAUUUUUCGCUCCAUAGGACGCACUUUUCCCCCUCCAAAAAUGAAGGGGAAAUGUGUGUGCGUCCUAUGGAGCGAAUGCAGGCUUUCGCUGAAGCCUGGAGAGCCAGAGGCAUCGGUGCGCACCGACCCCUCUCGCUCUCCAGGCUUCAGGAAGCUAUCCGCAAGCCUUGCAAGCCCGGUGGGAGUUCCCGCGGGCUCACAAGGCUUGCAGGCAGCAGCCUGCAGCCCCGGCGAGUGUCCGCAAGCCUUGCGCGCCCGGCAGGAGGUCCCGCCGAGCGCGCGAGGCUUGGGGCAGCAGCCUGUCGCCCGAAGCACAGGGAGCCCUCCGGAGGGCUCCCCGUGCUUCCGGAGAGUGUCUGCAAGCCUUGCGUGCCCGGCAGGAGGUCCCGCCGAGCGCGCAAGGCUUCGGGCAGCAGCCUGUCGCCCGAAGCACGGGAGCCCUCCGGAGGGCUCCCGUGCUUCAGGCGAGUGUCUGCAAGCCUUGCGCGCCCGGCAGGAGGUCCCGCCGAGCGCGCAAGGCUUGGGGCUGCAGCCUGUCGCCCGAGCACGGGAGCCCUCCGGAGGGCUCCUGUGCUUCCGGAGAGUGUCUGCAAGCCUUGCGCGCCCGGCAGGAGGUCCCGCCGAGCGCGCAAGGCUUGGGGCUGCAGCCUGUCGCCCGAAGCACGGGGAGCCCUCCGGAGGGCUCCCCGUGCUUCGGCGAGUGUCUUCGAGCCUUGCGCGCCCGGCAGGAGGUCCCGCCGAGCGCGCAAGGCUUGGGGCUGCAGCCUGUCGCCCGAGCACGGGGAGCCCUCCGGAGGGCUCCCCGUGCUUCGGGCGAGUGUCUGCAAGCCUUGCGCGCCCGGCAGGAGGUCCCGCCGAGCGCGCGAGGCUUGGGGCGGCAGCGGCGGGGGGGGGUAAUUUUUUUUAUUCAUUUCCCCCCCCAAAAAACGAGGUGCGUCCUAUGGGCCGGUGCGUCCUAUAGAACGAAAAAUACGGUAAGUUAACUUGGAUAUGCAGGAGAUAUUAAAAAUAAAUUUAAGGAACCGCAGAAAGAGGGGGAAGGAAGUCAAGUUUUGAAAUGGUAAGAUGAUUGAAAAAUUAGUGAAAUGUAUAAACCUGAAAAGCAUAAAUAAAAUUUAAGAAAAAGAAAAAGAAAUGUCACGUAUUUGAGCUCUGGGUAGCCAAGCGCAGACAGAUUUGCAAAUUCAUGAGUGUGUGUGUGAGAGACAAAUGUCAAAGGGGCCAUCCUAUUAGGCUGCAAUAGUUUGUAAUGGAUUGCUCUGAAGUCACUUCUCACCCAGCCCUGCCCUGUAUUUUGCCAGAACAAAGGUGGCAACCAUAGACUCCCAACUCAGACUGCACCCUGCUCCACUCCAUGCGCAGCGGACCGCUGUGGCUACACCAACCUGGUUCAACAGUGUCCGUUAAUUCCAAGGUAUCUGCUGCUCUGGAUAUGAAGCCUAGAGUCGUAGGGAGUUGGAAGGGGUCCCAUAGGUCAUCUAAAACUUUUGCCCCAACCUGGGGCUUGAACCCACAACCCUUGAAGAUUAAGAGCCUUGGGCUCUACCGACUUUGCAGUACGGACAUUUAUUUCUUUGUCAUAUCAAUUUUUUUUGGCUGCAUUUCAAUCCCACUGUUCUCGGAUGUAUCACACAAACGUAUGUUCUAAAGACAGAGCUAGGGAUUGUUAGGUUUGUGAAGCCCUUGCUGCUCUGGGAAGGAGGGAAGGAGACUAUUUCAUACAAUCAUAUCGUGUAAUUGUAGAGUUGGGAGGGACAUCAUGGGUCAUCUAGUUCAACCCCCUUGCAAUGCAGAAAUCUUUUGCCCAAAGUGGGGCUCAAAUAUACAAACCUGAGAUUAAAGAGGCUCACUCUCUGCAGUGCCAGCUGAGCUGGAAUUAGGAUUGUGAAGCCCCUUUUCCCCUAUGAGGAAGGGAUAAUAUUUCAUACAAUUAUAUCCUUUAUUUGUAGAGCAAUAGGGACCCUGAGGGUCAUCUAGCUUGACAUCCUGUGAGGGGAAACUGCCUACAUAAAUCUGGCGCUGCAUGCGAUUCCCAGUCCAAUUUUGAAGCCAUACCAGACCCUGCUUAGCUUUGCAAAUGUGCUAACAGUUGUAUUGUUGUGCUGCUUGGAGUAGCAAUGUGACUGGUGCUAAACUUCACACCAGCACCCAUACCCUGAUUUGAUUCACUGUAUUUCUUUGUCACUUUUAGUUAAAGUGAAUCUCAAAGCACUGCGAACCACACCCACACCCUGUGAAGGAAAGGGUUGCAGCGUCUGGGGUUUCUCAGCUUAGAGAAAAGGCAAGCAACAGAAGGGCAGCAUGAGGAAAGUUUAUAAAACUGCUUGGGCCAUGGAGAAAGCAGACAGAGGAAAAGCCUCCCUCUCUCUCAAAUGAAACACUUGUUUUAUAUUAUUUUUAAAUUUUCCCUUUACCUGAGAAUCACAGGGUAGUUUUGCAAUAUUGAAAAACCCCAUGAAAGUGUAUAACAUAGUAAAUGAAAUAAUAACGUCCCUGAAGCUGACUCUUGCGCUGGGGUGUUGGUUAGUGUUUUUGGGGGGUGGGCGGGGAAGUUGUUGCUGUUAUUGAUAUUAAUUUCUGGUAUCUUUAUUUUUGGUCUUGUGAUUAUUUAUGUGGAAAUUGUUUGGUUUGGUUGUGUACUUUUUGAAGUUUUAUUUGUUGUUUGUGACUACUUUUGCUAUGUAAGUCUGUGGUGCAAUGGAUCGGUGCGUCUGGCUGUUAACCAGAAUGCUAAUGUGGACCUGACGUGAAACAAUCAGUGUUGCAAGGACAUGUUUUUGAUAGUUUCCACAGCAGAACCACACUGCAGCUUGCACACAGAUAUACACACCAAUAUUUAAACAAAGACACUCGUCAUGAAUCAGCUACGGUCUGUCCCUAGCUGGGUGAGGAACCACAUGCAUAAAUACAUUUUUUCAUAUAUAAACCAUUCCUUAUACCUGCUAUUGGAUUGAUGCAUGUAAAAAGGGAGUUUCAAAUGAACACCCUGGGUUUUUUUGGGGGGAGGAGUGCUGAUUGGUCCAGGAUCCCCACAGAAAGAAUACAUCUGUAUGUGCAGAGCACAUGUGAGGGCAGCUGUCAGAUGCAACCUUGUCCACAGGUGAAGGAUGUUCUUGUUAACAUCCCUAAACUGAUAGAAAUGCAGAAAUUGUACAAAUCAGCUAUUUGGGAGGGGGUGUUUCACAGGCAAGGAGGAAGUGAUCAUCGUGAUUAAUGUUUUUCUAAUAUGCUUCUAUGCUGUGUGCAUGCUUUAUUUGGAUUGGCGUUAUCAUUGCUGCGCUUUUGAGAACAGAGCUCUUGGGGUGUUAAGUUCUACAUAUGCAACCUGAGGCAAAUUGCUUAGUGAUCUGUUUCUCUUAUGAACAGAGCCUUUGAGUAUGUAUACUCAAGCUCUACUGACUUCUAUGGGAGUUAUUCCCAAGUAAGUUUCAUAAGACUGCAGCUUAAAGUUCUUCAUUCACACUGAAAACAUGUUUUGAUGCUCAUAUGUUGUUAACUGAAACUGGCUGCUAAUUUGCAGGGAUACUUUUAUCGCCUCCUUGGUCAUUGUCACACAUGCAUGCAAAUUCAUGGGGCGGGGUGUGUGUGUGUUUGCCUACAUUCAGCUGAAUAUGAAUGUUUGGUCGAAUCAUUUUGCUUCAUAGUGCCCUAGAGGCUACCAGACUUCGUCUGUGGCAAAUGGCCAGAGGGAAUAAAUUCCACAACUGGAACACUGUAAAACAUGCUAAUUGUUCCCUCAGUAUUUAUAAAAGUAAAGUAAGGGAGAAAACCAUGUGUUGUAUGUAGGAAAUAUUCUUUCUGGUUGGCAGGGAAAAAUGGGUUGUUACUUUGUGAUCAGGACUCUAUUUUCUUCAAUUCAGCCUGCAUAAAAUUUCAUAGACAAUCCAAGAACUGGUACAGGCUUCUGAGAUCCUUGCUUUUUAAUUACAAAAAGUGAAACCUAAUCCUUAAAAACUUACGUUAUAUUACAUUUGUUAGCCUUUCAAAGAUUUCAUAUGGCCUUGGUUUAAAAUACAGUUUUUGCCAAAACUUCUGCUGUUAAGUGUUCUAGAGUUUGUAACUUGUUCAUCUCUAAUGUCCUCGUGUUGUAUUCCCUCCCCUGCUGUUCACCAUUUAUACGUGCAUUUUCCUUCACACAGUUCCUUCUGGAAAAAGAAAUUCAAAAUUCAUGAGAAAUGCAAACACCGAGUCCCUAAUUGAGUUACAUUAUGAAACCUAAGCAUGCUUAAAUUAAAUUUUUAUUCAUUUUGAACUCAGAAUUUGCCUUUCCUUUGUGCAGAACUUCAGUUUUUGAUGUUUCUUGUGCAGAAAAGAACAGUGCUACUAUGGUCACUUAGUUCAGUUGUUAUGCCAAACCGUGGUUUCCACUAACCAUACACUAAAACCCAAAUCAUAGUAUGGGCUUCCAAGCAAAUGAUAGGUAAACUGUGGUUUAGAUGCUUGUCUGUUUUCUCUGUUUGGUCACCCAUCUUAUCUUUAGUUGCAGUGUCUUUGGUGGAACAACAGUCAUAACUAUGGUUUAUUAAUUCAGACGUCACGCCAAACCAUAGUUAGCACAAAUAUUAGAUUUGCGAACAAUGUUUUUAAAUUCUGGUUGCUGGCUCAUUAGCUAACCAUAUUUUUGUCCAGUCAAAAUAUCAAACCAAACUUUCCUCAAACUUCCUUACCCAUGAUCUAGCAUGAUGUCUGAAUUGAACCGCUGACAACAUAUGAAGCUUUGAGAAGAGGCAGGCAGACUGAUAAAACCAUUGCCCUCAUCCUUGUGGCUUCCUUGCAUAUGAAAAGUACAGUCAAACCUCGGUUGUUGAAUGUAAUCCGUUCCGGAAGCCCAUUUGGCUUCUGAAAUGUUCGACAACCGAGGAGCGGCUUCCGAUUGGUUGCAGGAGCUUCCUACACUCAGCGGAAGCUGCAUUGGACGCUCAGCUUCCGAAUUUUUUUUGAAAACCGGAGCAUUUACUUCUGGGUUUUCGGCGUUUGGGAGCCAAAAUGUUCCAAAACAGAGGCGUUCAGUAUCUGAGGUUUGACUGUAUUCAAUUAGUAACUAGAAGUGAAAUUCCCAAUUCCAAUGGAGGCGUGUGUUUUCUUGGAUUAAGGAUACAAUAGAAAACAGUGUGAAGAAUCUGCUUACUUUUACCGUCUUCAGUGUUUCAUAUGGUAUUCAUGCAAUAGAGUUGUCACUGUUAUAAAAUGCUCCCGAGUAACGGCAGUUUCCUUUCUUUUCCAGAGGCAACAUGCAUCACAGAGAUGUCAUUAAUGAUGGCCUGUUGGAAGCAGAAUGAGUUCAGUGAUGUAACUUGCGCCCAAGAGAUCCAGACAUUCUUCAACUGCGCUGCAAAGGCAGAAGUAAUUAUGUCCCAAUUUAUCCUCUAGUCAAGCUGCAGGAAAUUAGUUUCCAUACAUAAUUUGAGCAUGUAAUACCACCGAGGGCCUUCUGGCGGUUCCCUCAUUGUGAGAAGCAAAGCUACAGGGAACCAGGCAGAGGGCCUUCUCGGUGGUGGCGCCCGCCCUGUGGAAUGCCCUCCCACCAGAUGUCAAAGCGAUAAAUAACUACCUGACAUUUAGAAGACAUCUUAAGGCAGCCCUGUUCAGGGAAGUUUUUAAUCUGUGAUAUUUUACUGUAUUUUUGGUUUCUAUGGAAGCCGCCCAGAGUGACUGGGGAAACCCAGCCAGAUGGGCGGGGUACAAAUAAAAAAUUAUUAUUAUUAUUAUUACAAAUCUCCAUCAUUGUGUUUGUAUUAUCCUGAGAGGCAGGUCCUUACAUUUUAAUUGCUUACUGCUGAAUGUUAACCUGAAUGUGUGAAACUGGCAACAGUGGUGGUUUAGCAAAUGGUAAGCAUAUUUGCCCAAGACAGUAUAAUGCGAAGGUGCAGCCCAGAUAAUACAGCUUUAAAAAGAUAUGGUGUGCUGGUUAAUGAUGCAAGUAGAUUGAAUAUGUGAACUUGCCAUUAGGACCCAUGCAUGGAGAUUAUAGGUCCAUCUCAUACCAGGUGUCAUUGAAACUAAUGAAAUCGCUACAAAACUAAUGAGGUUAAGGCAUUGGUUACAUCAGGUGAUAUGCUAUUGUGUGGCUGCAUAUUUAUAAAAUACCGGUGUGUGGCAGAUGGAAUUGCUUCUGCAAUUGUUGAAACAUCUAUUUCCUAUGGCAUCUGUGGUUUCAUAUCUGUUUGUUUAUUACUAUUUUUUAAGUUCUCAUCCUGCUUUUUAAACACAAGUUUCAGAGUAGUUCAUAGCAAAAAUGUCUAAAACAAUAAGAAUAUAUAUAAUUGAAACAGAAACAACCAAACAUAAAAAAUACAUAAAAAAGAGCAGCUGUUUUUAUUAGCAACUUUUUUCUGUUUUAUAUUUCUUUGGUUCUUGACUUAUCGUGGACAGUUUUGAGUUUCAGGUUGCUGGAAAAAUCGGUUAUAGAAAUUGCAAAUAGCUGGUGCAUUUACUGUUGUUCUCAAUGGUGUGUUUUUUUGUAAUAACGUAUAUUUUAAAUUUAAGUGAUGGCCUGGUUUUGUUAGCUUUUAAUGAGGAAAAUCAGGGUAUAGAUAUGUUAAACAAGAUGUACUAUGUACAAUCCAAUUUGGAAGGAGAGAAACCUCCACUGUAUAGCAGAGGAAUAUGGCCUUGUGUGUUAAUGGACAACAGCAAGGAAUGCUUGUUUCAGGUAAGCUUUAGAAAUGUAAAAAUCCCAUGAGAGUUCUUUUUAUAAACAAAUAUCAGUGUGUUCCCCAGUUUAUAACUUUAUGAUAUCUGGGGUGCUUCUGCUGUGCACUCCAUGCCUGAAAGUGAGAUUGAUCAAGUAUUUGACUUCUCAACCAAUCCAACCAGUAAAAUAAAGGCUAAGCAUGUAAAUUUAGAAUCCUGUACACAGUUCCUGGGGUUAGUACUUUUCAAUUUGUUUGGGCAUAUUCCUGAGUUGAUAAGCAUGGGAUUGUGCCAUUUUGUAUGACUGUAAGAGAGAGAGAGAGAGAGAGAGAGAGAGAGAGAGGGACUUAAAGCUAUCACUGCUAUACCACUAUAAAUUCAUGUAAACAAUAUUCAGGAAAUUGACCAGUUCUUCUUGAUUUUUUCUACAACACCUGACUCACAGUCAUUUAAAGAAAAAAAUAUUCAAGACAAGUUGUUUUUAAAUGUGGUUAUAGCUGUACAUCAGGGCAAGAAUUGCCUUCCCUUAAAUUAAACAGGGAGCACAGUGAUACCUCGGGUUACAAAUGCUUCAGGUUACAGACUCCGCUAACCCAGAAGUAGUACCUUGGGUUAAGAACUUUGCUUCAGGACGAGAACAGAAAUCGUGCUCCGGCGGUGCAGCGGCAGCAGGAGGCCCCAUUAGCUAAAGUGGUGCUUCAGGUUAAGAACAGUUUCAGGUUGAGAAUGGACCUCCUGAACUAAUUAAGUUCUUAACCAGAGGUGCCACUGUAAAGGACUCUUAUUCCUGCCUUUGCUAUGAAGCAAUGAUGCAGUUUUCAGAAGUAGGCCACCACCUACACAAGGGCAUUUUUUACUUUGUGGAAUAUUUGGCUGCAGGCUUAUAAUAGUGGACCUGUAUCUCAACCUUGUUAAAACGUGUAAUGAGACAGAUUAAGUUCUGUUUCCAUCUUGCAUGUAAUAAUCAUUCCCAUUGUGCAGGGGUGACUUUUGAGUGCACCCCACUGUGUUAUUAAACCAUAAAUUGCAAGUAACUGUGAGGGCAUGUGCCAAUGGAAACAAGCUUUAAGAAAGAAGAGGAUUCCCAGGGACCAUGGACCACAAAACAGAAAGUGUACCUGCCAGUGUUUUUCUUAGGGUUCAAGGCCUACAGUCAAUCGAAUUGCUUCAAAUCACAAGUGUUUUGAUAUAAUACACAUACUCUAUAGUUACUUUGCCAAGGCUUCUGUUUUGUGAGUUACACUUAUUCUUAGAAAAAUAUGAUCCUCCCUUGUUGCUGCACAAGCCACUCAUAUCAACAGGAAACUGACUAGACACAAAAUGUGACCAAGUACAUUCAAAUAACGUCUUAAGGAUAUAUUGUCCUCCUAUUCCUAGGAAUUGAUAGUAAAAAGUCCAGCUCCUCUUCCUUGACUGUAAUAUUUAUCAUUUCACUGUUUCAAAUAAAUUGAGUUACCACUGGCUUCUGAAUGCAGCUCUCUCUGAUUGUCCAGAGGUUGAUGCUUGCAACAUUGGGAAUAUUGGUGGGAUUUGUGCGUCAGUUUAAUAAAUAUAGGAAAUUGUUUCUGUUCUUUUCAGGCAGAACGCAAGCAAAAUCUUCGACAAGAAUCUCUGGGCCAGUCGGGGAAACUUGGUUCAAAACAAAUCAACAAAUUACUGAAAAGGUUUCCAAAUAUCACAUACAAUUAUUGA